AUGGGAAAUAGCCAAACCAACGAAAAACAAUCUAAAACAGGAAAAUCACCAGCAAAGGGUAAACAUUUUAUCAGAAAUUUAAAAGGAAGAGACAGUAAGAAACAUGGACGUAAAAGGAGCGAUGCCAAGCGAGAGGCGAUUGACAGGGAAUUUGAUAAAACACCAGACUCCGAUAACAAUGAACCGACCGAAAUAUCAGAUAACGAUACGGUCGAGUGCGUGUUCAAAACAUUGGCUCGCCACGGGGAGGGCGCGGAAUCGUCGAGCGUGCAGUCAGAGGUAACGGUGACCAGGUGCGAGCCGCGCGCCCAGCCGCGGUCACCGACCCGCAACCAGUCGCCCGCCGCCGUCGCUCCACCGGCGCUCUCACCCGCGAACGACUCCACCUCUGAGUCAGUGUUUACGGACCCACUGACGCCACUCGCAGUGGAGCUAAACCAGUGCUACUACUCAGCCGAGAGUGACAGUGCUCACGAGGAGCUGCCGCGAACCCUUACACCCUCCCUCUUGGAUGUGCCCGCGAGUGUUCACACUAUGACCGUAGACAUGCCGCAUGACGAUGCCACCUCUUCGCUCUCCGCCGAUGAUAUGGAAAAAGACGAAAAAAAUGACGUUUUCAAUGUCAGUAGUGACAGAGCCGAGAAUGAAAAGGUUAUGGGCACUGUAUUUUCGGGGUUGUGUGGUGAUAACAGGGAGGAAAAUCUAGAGAGAAUUACACACGAAUGUAAUCAUGAUUUCCGUGACAACCGGCUAAAAGCUUCUGCGGGACAGACCUCAUUCACAGUAUCAAAACACCGGAAAGUGGAGCUCCCCCCGGUGGAACCAUCACUUACUUUACUAGAUAACGUUGUUUCAGAGAAAGAUCGCAGGCAUUCAAGUGUGGGCGACGCACCGAUGACCGACUCGAAUGUCCUGAGAAAGGUGGCAUCUCUAACUCUUGAUAAGCUGACGGAAUCCAAAGUCAUCCGCCCCAAGUUUGUGCCCGACAAACUAGACUUCAAACUGUAUGAAAAGUUCGAAGGUCAGAUGCUCAUAAACUGGUUUGUAUCAUCGAUAACGGAGAACAGCCACUUUAAAACACUAUUAAGUAUUCAGGAUCUACGGAGCCUUGGGAUACAAUACUGUACCCACCUCUUAGCCGCUGGAGUACUCAGGCAAAUAUCAGAUAGAGAUGCACCUACAGAAAAUAUUUUUAAGCCAAAUUUGAUGUACUACUGGGCGCAUAUGGAGGUCCCGACACUUCAACCAGCGACACCGGGCAGACUGCACACGUCUGUAUGGCCACCUGACAAAGAAGCACAUACUUUUUUAACACAGGAUAACCAACGCGAUCUAGAAAAUAAUAAAUUCUUUAGCCAAAAUAAUAAUGAGGAAAUAAGUGACAUUGAUGAAGCCAAAGUAGUUAUAUCUCAACUUAAGAGAAAACUUCAAGACCUGGAAUAUCAAUUAGAAAAGUACAGAUUUAACUCCCAAAUAGAAUCACUUAAUAAAAAUUUUGAGAAAAGACUUGAUUCUAUAAAUGAGUACAAAAUAAUUAGAAACAAAACAGAAUCAAUAAACAAAGAAGUGCAAACAUCCAAUUUUGCAAGUGAAAUAAAUAAACUAUCAAGUAAUAAAGCUGUGAUAUGCAUACCUGAAUAUGACCCUCUAAGAACAAAUGUAAAUAUUGAGAGAAAUUUAGAUUUAAGUAGUAUAGACCAUAAAAGUGAAAUGGCUAUUAAAGAUAUUACAAGUAAACCUGAUGUAAGAUCUGAAAAAAUAGUAAAUUAUUGUAAGUUAAAUAAAAGUAGAGAUUGUAUUAAAACUAUUAGAAAGGAUGAAAUAUCCGAGCUCAAAGAUAAUAUAGAAGAAAUAAAUACAGAUAUUGUGCAAUGUUCACAGAGUUCAGAAAAAACUAGUGUUUGUUCAUCAAAUGCCUCAUUUCUCAGCACACAUACAUCCACUGAUUUAAGUACAUAUAGUGCAAAAAGCUCCCUAGAUUUAUUAAAGAAUGACAAUACUUCUAAAAUCGAUUCUGUUUCUACUACUGAAGUCCUAUACAGAGCACCUAAGAAAAACCAAUUUACAUCAACUGUAUCUAGCCAAUCUUCAAUAGAUUCAAACACAAGCUUCGUAGAACAUUGUACUGACAUACUUAUAGAAAAUGAAGAUUGCAAAAACACUUUAGAAAAAGGAGCACUAGAUUUGUCCAUAUGUGACUCAGAUUCAUCUGUAGAACAUCUUUCAAUAGUAGAACUCCAAAAAACUAGUCAAGGUGUAACUCGUCCACCCCCUCCUUUACCAGGAAUGACGCCUCCUCCACCUCCUAUGCCCGGAACAAAAGACGUAGGUACAAAUUUGCCAAAAGAUGAACCAUUACAUUUGGUCUCAAAAAUUGAAUCAAUACCCGAUUCAGCAGAAGUAUCUGAUUGUAAUCUAAGCUCACAAUUGUCACUAAGACCAGAAGCAGCUCCUACGCCGUUAUCCCAUCCAUUGCCUAACACAGAAUCUUCAGUGUCAUGUACAGAAGGCACGCCACAACCCCUAGCUCCAGAAAAAGCUCUGUUAAUCUCUCAAAAUGUACCCACAACAUCUGUUAUAGAAUCAUCACCACUUAUACUUGAGAGGGCUCCUCUCUCAACGACGCCGGAAGUCAGCCUCCCUAAACUACUUACCCCAGGAGAUUGCCCUCGUUUAGAACCGAUAUCGGGAGUCGCUCCCCCUCCACCACCAAUGCCAGGAAUGGGCCCUCCUCCACCACCAAUGCCAGGAAUGGGCCCUCCUCCACCACCGAUGCCAGGAAUGUGUCCCCCUCCACCACCGAUGUCAGGAAUGUGUCCCCCUCCACCACCGAUGCCAGGAAUGUGCCCUCCCCCGCCUCCGAUGCCUGGAAUGUGCCCGAUGGGUGGUAUUGGUCCUCCACCUCCACCAAUGGCGGGUCCACCUCCACCUCCUCUUCCUGGCGGUGUGCCAUCACCCCCAAAUAUUGCAGGAAUGGCUCCGCCACCACCACCGCCAUUAAGCGGACCAGUCCCCUUCCCUGCCCCACCAGUAGGAGGAUGGAACGUUCAAAGAGCAACUUUACGGAAAACUCCAAUAAAACCAGCCGCACCUAUGAAACCACUUUAUUGGACACGAAUUUUAGCAGCGCCGCCACCUCCAACUAGCGAAGGAGAAGCAUGUCCUUCAAAAGUGAAACCCUUGUGGUUGGAAAUAGAAGAAGCCCAUUUGGACAAUAUUGAUGAAUUCACCGAUUUAUUCUCGAGACAAGUUGUAAAAGCACCUGUAAAAAAGAAAGUAGAAGUAAAAACUAAACGACAGCCGGUCAAAAUAUUGGACAGCAAGAGAUCGCAGAAUGUUGGCAUACUUGCGCAAAGCUUACAUGUCGAGUUCUCAGAGAUUGAGAAUGCUAUUUACAAUUUUGAUACCUCGGUCGUCAGUUUGGAGGCGCUACAACAAAUAUAUGAGUUGCGGGCUUCUGAUGAAGAGUUAUGUUUAAUAAAAGGUCAUCUGCAAAAUAAAUCAGACGUGCCCUUAGAUAGGCCAGAAGCUUUCCUACACGACUUGUCUGGAAUACCAAAUUUCGCUGAGCGGAUAUCAUGUUUUAUGUUCCAAGCUGACUUUGAGGAUAGUGUUAGCACAACAAUGCACAAAUUGGAUAAUUUGAAACAUACCUGUGAGUUUCUUAUGACAAGUGAAUCUCUAAAGAAAUUGUUUGCUAUAAUUCUAACUCUGGGCAACUACAUGAACGGCGGCAACGGGCAGAGAGGACAAGCCGACGGAUUCGGUUUAGAAAUAUUGUCCAAGCUGAAAGACGUAAAGUCGAAACAGUCGAACGUGACGCUGCUGCACUUCAUCGUGCGCACGUACAUGCGCGCGUGCGGCGGCGCGCUGAGCUCGUCGUGCGCGCUGCCCGCGCCCGAGCCCGGCGACGUGGCGCGCGCCGCCGCGCUCGACUUCGCCGACGUGGCCGCGCACCUCGCCGCGCUGCGCCGCCAGCUCGACGGGUGUAAAGAGAAAAUGAAGAAAGUGUUAGAAAAUGACGCCGAAACGAAUGAAGAAUCCGGAGAUGAGAACAAACGAAGAAUGGAGGUCUUCAAGGACAAGAUGACGGCGUUUGUGAACGCCGCUGAAGAGAAACUAAAGACUGAAAACGAAAACUUAGAGGAGUGCCGAACUAAGUUCAUAGCGACUGUUAAAUUUUACCAGUACUCACCGAAGUGUGGUAAACUGGAGGACUGCGAGCCGAAAGAAUUUUUUUCACUAUGGACUUCAUUUUGUAGUGAUCUCAAAGAUAUUUAUAAAAAGGAAGAACAAAUUGCGAUAAAGGAAAAAUUAAAAGAAGCCAAAAAACUUCAAGAAGAAAGAAAGCCUCAGACGCAACCUAAAAAAGAAGGUGGUUUGAAGUCACGACUUCAAAAGCUGUCCAGUACCACUAAGAAAUGA